AUGGUUGUCGUCGAUCGACCACCGGCCAACGCCUUCGUGGCCUAUGCUCGCCGCGUGUACAACCCCCUCGGUUUCGCCAAGGGCUACAACUUCACCCUUUGGUUCAUCUUUGGCGGCGCCUUGACGGGCUUCACCCUCGCCCGUUUCAUGUACCUCAACAUCGACGGCAUCUUCUGCGGCAACGGCCCCAGCGGCGCCGUCCCGGGCGAAUGCUACUACUACCGCAGGGGCGUCGAGCGCGCCGGCCUCAUUUUGCACCUGGCAGGUAUCUUGCCCGCUGCCCUCCUCGCCGUCUUCCAGUUUGUGCCCGUCAUCCGCCACAAGGUUCUGCUCAUACACCGCAUCAGCGGCUAUGCCAUCAUCCUCCUGUCCAUUGUCGGUGUCGUCGGCAUCUUCAUGAUUGCCAGGCACGGCUUGGGCGGCGCCCUCGACAUCCAGAACGCCGCGGGACUUGCCGCCAUCAUCUUUGUCACUUGCAAGGCCAUCGCCUUUUACAACAUCAAGGUGCUCCAGAUCGAGCAGCACCGGGCUUGGAUGCUGCGAGCGUGGGUCAUUGCCAGCUUCAUCAUCACCAUGCGCCUCAUCGGAAUCAUAAUGGCCUACAUCAUUGGACGCCCGGGAAGCGAGUACUAUGUCGUCCAGCCGUGCUACAUUGUCGACAACAUGUUCAGGGGCAGCCAAGCGGCCGUCGAGGCUCUUUACCCCGACUGCCGAGCCUAUUACUCGGGCGCCGAUCCCAACGUCCACGUCCCCAUCCGCGCCGACACGACGACUGGCCGUCCGGAUGAAGCUGCGUCGGCCUUCAACUCCACAUUUGGCGCCAGUGCAUGGCUCUCCAUCUUCCUGCACACUCUGGGCGCCGAGCUCUACCUGCGACUGACCCCUGCCGAGGCAGAGCGUCUUCGCCGCGUCUCGUACCAGCGCCAGCUCGAAGCCGGCAUGAAGAACCCAGGCAACGGCGGCUUGACGGUUCAGCGUUUCGGAGAUGCCGAGCCCUGGUUCCCCAAGCAGCAAGAGGCGCGCCAAGUGGACGAGUCUGACUCGGCCCCCAACGACGCCGCGGCCUCUGAGGGGACACCGACCAAGACGCCGACCCAGGAAUGA